AUGCAAAAAUCUUUGAUGUUACUUGCAUUUUCAUAUAAUGGUUUCUUCGCAUUUUUCUGUAGCGACGACCUUCAUCGUUUUGAGGAAAAGAAAAAUGUACUCAGUACCACAACAAUGCCAACAACGCACAAUGCAACUUCUGCAGCACAGACACUGCACGACAUACGAAUAAAAUACCUCAUCUUAAGUUUUACUGAUGCGGUGUCAGACAAUUCCUUCAAUUCAACCAAAUCUUCAAUUUAUCCUAUGGAAAGAAGAGAUGAACAUCUUUGUGAUAGUUCAUUAACAAUUGUUACGGAAGAAAAUAAGCAACAACAUAAACAUCUUUUAUCAACCGAACCAAGCAAAGAAGUUCUAUUAGAUGGUCGAUCUAUGAUUUCAGAAGACGAGUAUUUAGUAAAUGACAUAGACGACGACAACGAUCAAAAUUUUGAGUGGGAUCAAACUUCAGACGAAGAAGACGAUAGCGGGUUUUUACAUAGAGCCGCUUCCUCAUCCACUGAGAAAGAAUGCCGACGAUUCUUUAGACAAGCCCGAACUGCUUAUAACAAAUACUGUUGUUGGAACUAUCUAUCACAUUUCAUGAAGCAGGUGAUCAUUGCUGUCAUUGGUUCCUCUCUAUUUACUACAGCUGCUGUAUGUGUUAAUAUCUUUUCACCAUGCCCUACGUUCCAAUAUGAGGUUGAUCCUAACUUUACAAAUAUUCGAAGCAAUGAUCAAAUCUUGCUGUAUUGGGCUGCAUUUAUGUGGGGCUUCAGUUGGAUCACAAUAUUUACAAUUGAAGCCAUUCCUAUCGUUGUUUCGAAGUGGUGCAAGACGUUUCUGAGCCAUAGAUCCGAACAAGUCAAGACGAAUAUGGAGUAUUAUAUGAACCUAAAAUGGUAUAUUGGUUUCUUGAUUAUUACGGCGUGGAAUUGGGGAGCUUGGGCUUUCUUGACAGCGGUUCCUUUUUCUUCCUUUUGCUGGUUCAAAAAACAACCAUUGUUUGAGACAGGCUUGGCAAAGCAGAGAAUCGUCAUCAUGCUACACUUGUUGGAACAAAAAUCAGAAAUUCGCUCUUCAAAUCUAAUCUAUAAACUUCAAAAAAAUCUGAAAAAAGUCAUUAUCAACGAGCAAAAAUCUUGUAAUCGGGGUGGUAAACAUGGGAAAGAUAUCAAUUCUGAUGAAUACGCUCGAAAGAACGCUAAGAAACUCUACAUCUCACUCGCAUACCCAGAUGGUACGGUUUUACCUGAAGAUAAAGAAGUCCGCCGUUGUUUGCUACUUUCAGAUUUUGAGCCUUAUUUUAAGACAGCUCAAGAAGCUAGGGAUGCAUUUGCAAUAUUCGACCGUGACAGUAAUGGAGACAUCACCCGCCGUGAAUUUCGUGACACUGUUUUACAUAUUUACCGCAAACGUAAAGAUAUUGCUGUUUCUAUGCGCAAUACCACACAAGCUCUAGGAAAGAUUGAUCUUAUGCUUCUUUGCGUUAGUUUCUUUGCUCUUUUAUUGAUCGCGUGUGGUUUUUUUCCAAAUCAGCUUAUGGCAGGCACUUGUUCCCAUCGGUUCAUUGUUAUUAGUUUUGACAUUUGUUUUUGGCAAUACCGCCAAGAAUCGCUGAAGGCAAGGCGUUUCGGAAGCAUGAGCGAAAUAACUCAAUUCAAUAUCGACUUUUGUACGACCACUGAGCAAUUCUGGGAGUUGCACGACCGUUUAAAUGUGUGGGUGACAUGCCAGAGCCGCGAUUUUGGGUCUGAUUUUGAUUUACGUUGCGAAGAAAUUAUAGAUGUAAACGAUCUGAUUUUAAAAGUAUGGCUUCCUCAUAAAGGCAAUUGGCAGGAUAUAAUGAAACGUUUUCAGCGAAAGACACGCUUUAUGUUGGCGCUAAAAGAUAUUAUGACAGAACUUGGCAUUAGAUACGAAUUGCCUACCCAAAGAUUCACCUCUGCCGUUUUGCCGCCAGAUGACAAAACGCCUGUUUUCGGAAAUCCUCAUCUUAUGCGCUCAACGCCCCAAUCUUCCAAUAGCGAACAACAACAACAACAACAACAGUCAGCGUUCCCCCUUGCUCAAGAUUCAAAGGAACAGCAAAUUUACAAGGAGAUAAAGCAAGCGAGAUUAAGUUCGAGUAAUGCCCAUAAUAGCAUUCGACACACUGGUCACGUCGCUUCAUAA